UUGCCUUGAGGACCCGUACAGUUCAAAGAUGGCGGCGGCCAUUCGUGUGUGCUGUGCCCUCCGUGCAUCAUUUGGAGGGUCACCAUCUCUGAGAGUGAUUGGCGGCACUGUGCAGCUUUCCCAGCUGACCACCAGGCCAAGCCCUUUACACUGGACAUGCGCAGCACCUUCUGCAGUGGCAUGGCAGCAGACCAGGCAUGGGAGCUUCUUCAACAAAUUGACGGCUGAUGAGCUGUGGCGUGGCGUGCUGGCGGAGACGGGAGCGGGGGCCAGGAAGGGCCGCGGGAAGAGAGCCAAGCGCAAAGUCAAGAAGGACCUCAACAGAGGACAGAGCCUUGGAGAGGGUCGCGGUGGAUUCCUGUGGCCCGGUCUCAACACCCCGGUGGUGCGUGCGGGCGCGGUGGUGAACAUGGGCCAGCGCAGUCCGGCGGAGCAGCAGGAGCUGCGGGCGGAGAUGGAGAGACAGAGAGACGAGUGGGAGAAGAGGAGGAAGAUGAAGGUGAAGAGGGAGAGAGGAUGGACCGGGAACUCCUGGGGAGGGAUCAGCCUUGGACCCCCCGACCCCGGACCCAACGGAGAAACCUACGAAGACUUUGAUUCACGCGUGCUUGAGGUGAAAAGUGUGUUCAACAUGACUGCUAAGGAGGGCAGGAAGAGGUCCAUCAGCUGCCUUGUCGCCGUGGGCAACGGGAACGGCGCUGCAGGAUUUGCCUUGGGGAAAGCUGCAGACAGAGUCACAGCAUUGAGAAAAGCGAAGAACCGAGCCAUCCAUUAUCUGUACUAUAUUGAGAGGUACAACAACCACACCAUUUACCACGACAUGGAAACAAAAUUCAAGAGGACCACGAUACGCAUGAAGAAACAGAACAAAGGUUACGGGUUGCAUUGCCACAGAGCGAUCAUUACGCUGUGUAAGUUGAUUGGCAUCGAGGACAUGUACGCCAAGGUGGAGGGCUCUGCCAACCUCCUCAACAUCACCAGGGCCCUGUUCAACGGCCUGGCCACACAGGAGACGCACCAGACACUGGCGGACCAGAAGCGCCUGAACGUGGUCGAGUUCCGGCCCGAGUGCGGCCCACUGCCGAUCGUGGUGGCGCGGCCGGCGGAGGGGGCUCGUCAGGAGGCGCAGCAGGAGGACGAGGUGCCCAACACACGGCUGGACUGGAAGGAGGUGCAGGCGGCGCAGGGCAUGAGGAGGUCGGUCUGGGAAGGAGUCAAGAGGACCAUCUGGUGAACGCAAACGCAAAGCCCAAGCCCAAGCCCAAGGAGAGACGAGACAAGACAGCGGUCCACACAGAUACUGCAAAUAUAUACACAUGCUCACACUCAAACACACACACACACACACACAGCUACUGCAAACAGACAUGCAGAUACACACACAUACACACACUCAUAAACUCACACACACAGCUACCAUUCAUUAACAUACGCACACAAACGCACUCACACUCAUGAACACACAAAAGCACACACACAUACAGACAGCUUCCACUCAUCAAUACACACACACACACACACACACACACACACACACACACACACACACACACACACACACACACACACACACACACACACACACACACACACACACACACACACACACACACACACACACACACACACACACACACACCAGUCGCCUGUCAGUGCCCUGCGAGGAGCCUCCAGAUCAUACCCACCCCUUUCUGCUGAGGCCCUUUGAAGGACCCACUCUACUGUACUGGGGUUUUUUUCCCAUCCUGAAAUCGGACCUAAACAUAAAUUUGGACUUGAUUAAAUUUGGACUUGGGUGUCUGAAUGGGACCGCAUAUGGACUGGUUUCUGGUGGCUGUACCCCCGACUCUUGUGUUGUUUGUGUGGAGAUGAUUCAUUUCGUUUGGGGACUGUGUGGAACAGGGCAGCAAUGCCUCCGUCUGGAAGAGUUCUGUUCUGCGUUUCUCGAGAACGUCUUUGCUAACUAAGUUAGCAACUUACUUUGUUGCAAUGCAAUUUCCCAUUGGCAACUUUCUAAGUUGCUAACUGAUUAGCGACGAUGCUUUUGAGAAACGGGGUCCUGUUCUGCGUGUCAUGUUGUUGUAAUUAUGAGACAGCUGAUUAAAGUUUUAAGCCGCCAGGCUUAGUUGA